AUGCCUCGAACCGCGACUCCCUCGAAGCGACAGCAACUGACCUUGGCGCAAUUGGCCGCCUACGAUGACAUCCUUACUGAUGCGCUCGUUGACCAUGUUUACUACUGGACAACAAUCCCCAAGAACAGGCCUUCGUAUCACCCGUCACGCGGCGUCAGAGAAAACGAGAUUGGCAAACUUAUCCAAACCCACUUAAUCCUCGACAAGGACAUGGCUGCCGCCGAGGAGAAGUUGCUCGCGACCGAUGGGCUCAAGAAGUUCUGCAACUCGCUCAAAACUCCCAAGGAGAAAGACGAUUUCCGAGCACACCUGCGACGGUACAUGUCCAUCUAUCUCUCCGACUGCCCAUUCGAGGUCAAUGCCACAAAUCGCUACACGAUUGUUACCCACGAGGCCAGCGUCACCGCGCGCCGCUACAUCAAGCCCAACGAGACCAUAAAGUACCUGUCCGGCAUUCAAGUGGUGAUCACGCCCGAGGAAGAGGCAGAGAUGGCGCUCCGGAAGAAGGAUUUUAGCAUCGUUGUCAGCAGCCGCAACAAAUGCACAAGCCUAUUCAUGGGCCCUGCUCGCUUCGCAAAUCAUGACUGCGAUGCCAACGCCAGGCUGGUUACGAGCGGCCAGGCCGGCAUCGAGAUCAUCGCCUGCAAGCCCAUCGAUGUGGGGGACGAGAUCACGGUCACCUAUGGUGAGAAUUACUUUGGAGAGGAUAACUGCGAAUGCUUGUGCCGGACCUGCGAGGAGAACCUGGUCAAUGGCUGGAAGAACGAGGAUGGCGGUGUCGCCGUGACCAAGAGCAUAGAGGACGACCUUGUCGGUGCCACCCAGGGAUACUCGCUGCGCCGUCGCAGGCGGGACGAGAGCGCGUGCGGUGCGUCCUCGAGGACCCCGUCGGUAACGCCAGACAUUCGGCCGCGGGUGCUGAAACGAUCCAAGAGCCAGAGGAUGCUGGGAGGCCGCGCCUCCACAGUUGGCUCUGCCGCACCCGAGCCGUCCGGCAUCCGGAAAUCGGCGCUGAAACGCAAGCGAGACACCCUCGCCACGCCGCCUGUCACGCCGGCCAAGAAGCAGAAAACUACGCAUUAUGAACUCACUCCCGUGAUGCCGGGAUCGCCAAGCUCUCGUGGGAGUUCCAACGCCGGGUUUGGGCCCAGCCCUGUAGCCUCCGAGGCUGGUCAGGGGGAUGCGAUGCUGACGGAUGUCACGACCCCCGCAGAGGAUAGUCCGGAGCCCAUCAUCCGCUCUCCGGAACUGACUCCAAUCCAGCGGUCCAUCCAAGUCAUAAAGCAGGAGGACGCGGUGGAUGAGAUCACGGUCCAAACAGUCCCGGAUGCCAUGCCGCCAUUCGAUAUAUCUCGACUAAUGCUGCCGUCCGCCAAUCUUCCAGCCACGUCUCCAUCCUCGUCUGACGAAGGAGCACGAGAUCCGAGUGGGAAUAACCCCCAUUUGAUUGUACUGCCGGCAAUGGGAAGCCUUGGCACUAAACCGGCAUUGGAGAGCGCUACUCACCACCAGAGACCGACUUCGCCGAACGAGAGGUCCCUCGCCCCAGACGACCCCCUGCUCACUCCAUCGAAGGCUCCCCAGUCGGCAGCGACGCCGACCGCCACCGAUGCCCCGAUCCCCGUCAAGCGCGGUCGCGGCCGCCCUCGCAAGAGCGAGCCACCCGCCAAGCCGAAGGAGCCCGCAGUCGCCAACCGGAAACGCAAGGCCGUCAGCCGGACGCCGGCGGCCUCCCCGGCGCCGUCGGCUGAUGCGGGGGAGGAGGAGGAGCCCCAGCAGCGGCGGCGCCUGCCGGGCGACUACACGCUGACGCCGCUGCUGCUGUCGGAGCCGGAGACGGCGUGGAUCCACUGCACCAACUGCAACAGUGCAUUUGUGCAGCGCGACGCGUACUACACGCGCAGCAGCUGCCCGCGGUGCGAGCGGCACUCCAAGCUGUACGGCUACGUGUGGCCCAAGACGGAGCGCGGCGGGCGCGGGGACGGCGAGGAGCGCGUGCUCGACCACCGCAUGGUGCACCGCUUCCUGGCAGCCGACGAGGAGGCAAAGGUCCGGGGGAGGGCGCACUACAGGGAUAGGCUGCUGGCACAGGAAGAUGCGGCCGGGCUUGGUCAGAAGCGUGGCAGGGGUCGGGCGGUUGCGAAGGAGGAGGAGGAGGUGGAGGUGCAGGUGGAGAUCCAGGUGGGCUCGGACGACGCUGAGAACGGCCUGCGGCGUAGUGGUCGCAUUCGUAAGGUGAGUGUUAGGGCCUCUAUGGGUUGA